AUGUCCGCUGAAGAUCAAGUCCGUCUCGAUAACUUUGAGUCCAUCUUCUCCCUCGAUGGCAAAGUCGCUGUCGUCACCGGCGGUUCAAGAGGCCUCGGUCUCCAUGCGGCCAGUGGCCUCCUCCAAGCGGGCUGCUCAAAGGUCUACAUCACCUCCCGCAAAGCCAAAGCCUGCGAUGAGGCUGUUGCCGCUCUAAAUGCCCUCCCCAACAAACGUCCCGGCGCAGUGGCCAUUGCCGUCCCUGCCGAUAACGCGCGCAUGGACGACCUGGACCGACUUGUCGCCGAGGUCAAGAAGACAACAGACCAUAUAGAUAUUCUCUUUGCAAACGCGGGCGCUACCUGGGGCGAUCGGUUCGAAAAGUAUCCCGAACCUGCCUUUUCCAAGGUGAUGGAUCUGAACGUGAAGAGUGUGUUUUAUUUGGUGCAGAAGUUUGCCCCCCUACUCACGGUCAAAGCGACCCGCGACUCGCCCUCGCGCGUCAUCGUCACCGGCUCCGUCGCCGGCAUCGGGGUCGGUUCUCUCGGCGAGAAUGCCACCUUUGCCUACUCCGCCUCCAAAGCGGCCGUGAUUCACCUGGCCAAGAACCUGGCGGUUGAGCUGGGACCCCGGGGCAUCCUGUGCAAUGCGAUUGCCCCUGGCUUCUACCCGUCCAAGAUGGCCAAUGGCUUGAUUGAGAUGCGGGGAGGCAUCAAGCAGAUGGAGGAGCACUCGCCCAACCGGCGACUAGGCAAACCGGAGGAUAUUGCUGGGCUGGUGGUGUUUUUGUCUAGCCGUGCAGCCAGCCAUUUGAAUGGGGCUGUGAUUGUGACGGACGGAGGAGCCCUGCUGAAGGGGAGACUAUAA